AUGUCAUCCAAGGACUGCGGCCAACAUGGACACAACAUGCGGCGGAAGAGGUUUCGCCGCUGCUGCGCCGGGCUCCUAAUCUUCAACUUCAUCCUGCUCGUCACCAUCCUCAUCGUGUGGGCCAUCCUCCAGCCCUCCAAACCCCGCUUCAUCCUCCAAGACGUCACCGUCUUCAACUUCAACAACUCCGUACCCAACGUCUUCUCCUCCAGCUUCCAGGUCACCGUCUCCUCCCGCAACCCCAACGACAAGAUCGGCAUCUACUACGACAGGCUCAACAUCUACGCGACAUACCGUAACCAGCAGAUCACCUUCAUCACGCUCAUCCCGCCGGUGUACCAGGGUCACAAGGACGUCAACGUCUGGUCGCCGUUCAUCUACGGCACCGAAGUCCCCAUCGCGCCGUACAAUUCCCUGGCGCUGGACCAGGACAAGAAUGCCGGGUCGGUUUUUUUGCUGCUGAAGAUGGACGGCCGGGUGAGGUGGAAGGUCGGGACUUUUAUCUCGGGCAGGUACCAUUUCUACGUUCGGUGCCCCGCUUUUAUCCCUUUGGGUCCGAAGAACAACGGGAUUGAGGUCGGAAAUAACGCCAUCAAGUACCAGCUGCUGCAGCAUUGCAAAGUGAGCGUGUGA